UGACGAUUUAUGAAGUACACGUUCUUACAUGAAACAAUGUAACAGUUCAAUAUUUUCUUAACGAUAGUAGAUCCCACGAUACUGGAUCAAACAUCACGUUGAUAAUCUUGAAUGGCUGUGGUAGUGUUUCUCUUGGUUGAAAAUCAAGUGAGGAAGUGCACAUGGACAGAUUUUGCACUUUGACAGAUUUAUACGUGCUACGUGUAUUUUGAUAGUAUAAGGAAACGGUUUUUUAGUUCUUGUGAAAAUAUAUUCAUAUUCUCAGCGAUAAAAAUGGUGUUGUCGUGUCGAUUUUACAAGCAGAAAUAUCCAGAGGUAGAAGAUGUAGUAAUGGUAAAUGUACGGAGUAUAGCUGAAAUGGGAGCUUAUGUACAUUUAUUGGAAUAUAAUAAUAUCGAGGGUAUGAUCCUCCUCUCUGAAUUGUCUAGAAGACGUAUCAGAUCUAUCAAUAAGCUUAUUAGAGUAGGAAAAACUGAACCAGUUGUUGUAAUCAGGGUCGACAAAGAGAAAGGAUAUAUUGAUCUCAGUAAACGUCGUGUAUCAGCUGAGGAUGUAGAGAGAUGCACGGAAAGAUAUGCAAAAGCAAAAGCUGUUAAUUCAAUCCUGAGACAUGUUGCAGAAUUAUUGCAUUAUGAUAGCGACGAUCAAUUGGAGGAGCUAUAUCAAAAGACUGCAUGGCAUUUUGAAGAGAAAUAUAAGAAACAAAAAGCCUCGGCAUAUGAUUUCUUUAAACAGUCUGUCUUGGAUCCAUCUAUUUUAGCGGAGUGUGGUCUAGAUGAGCAUACGAAGGAAGUGCUGUUAAAUAAUAUCAAGCGGAAACUAACUUCUCAAGCAGUGAAAAUUAGGGCAGAUGUAGAGGUAGCAUGCUACGGUUACGAAGGAAUCGAUGCAGUGAAAGCUGCUCUGAAAGCUGGUUUAGCUCUUUCCACCGACGAACUUCCAAUUAAAAUUAAUUUAAUUGCACCACCCUUAUACGUCAUGACAACAUCCACACCUGAGAAGCAGGAUGGUUUAAAAGCAUUAAACGAUGCUAUCGAGGCUAUACAAAGUAAGAUAACAUCGUUAGGAGGCGUAUUCAAUGUGCAAAUGGCUCCGAAGGUUGUUACUGCGACUGAUGAGGCAGAAUUGGCGAGACAAAUGGAACGGGCUGAACUCGAAAACGCCGAGGUCGCUGGUGACGAUGAUGAAGAAGAAGUGGAAGGAAUGGACGGAUUCAGUGGUGGCGAAGGAGACGAUGAUACAAAACCCGAGAACGAGUCUCAAGAAGAGGAAUGAAUGGAACAUAAAUCGACCAUUUCACUGUCCUCCUUCAAUCGUAAUCAUACUUCUCCAAGUAUGUUACUGCCUUGAUAGACAUGCAGAAUAUUUGAAAUAAAUACACUAAGAUCAAUGUAUUAUAA